ACCAAGAAAGGUUUUAUGCUAAUAAUUAUUUUGAGUAAUUACCAAAAGUGUCCACUGCCUUUAACAGUAACUGUUUUUUAAGGCUGUAUUAAGAAAUAAAUUGUCGUAAUUAAUGGCUUCCUGACAAAACCACUAAAUGACUUUGGAAGGCCAUUUGGUUCAGUCGAAUGAGGAGAACACUCUCUACAAAGACGACAGGGUUUACAAGCUCCAGAACAUUAAAUGACCACGUAGUCCAAACCUUACCAACAGCGCCCUCUAUGAUGUCCAAGACAGAGUAUAAAGGGCCCUUGAUGAGCAUUGGACAUGUCUGACGAAGCUUCUAGCCUAGAAGUGAAUGUAACUAAUACGAAGUAAAAUACAACUUUUCCUGCAGACGGUAGCUCAAAAUACGACGCUCCAAGAUUCUGGCAGAAAUUACGCAAAUUCAGGUGACAAGACGCUGGUUUUUCAAUGGUGGAAUGAUAGCCCUGACAGUGUUUUAGACUGGCUGAAAUGCAGCUUGAGAAAAUACCAUCAGCCAUAGCAACUGGAGCAAGAGCUUCAUUACUUAUAAUGGAAAGAUUGGUUCUCUUGUUGCUUAUCUGUGUCUUUCUUCCAGCCGUUUAUUCUCAAUCACAGCCUUGGAUUGGAAACCUCUCCGCCUAUGAAUUGGCUUCCUUCAGAAAUCCAGUUCAAGUCAUACAGAUUGUUAAAACCCAGCUUGAUCAUUUCUCUAUUCAUCCUGACACUGGUGAUGUUUAUAUCGGAGCAGUGAACUACAUCUACAGACUGGAUGAGAACUUGGUACAGGUUGUGAAUGUCAGUACAGCAACGGGUGCAGGGGAGCAGUAUGUCAACUACAAUAAGAUUCUGGUUUUGCAAGGAGGCAGACUUAUUACAUGUGGGAGUGAGAGGAAUCCAGCAAUGGGGAUAAGGUGGUGUGCAUCAAGGAAUGAGGAGGAUUUAUUGGAUGGUAGUACUGGUCAGAGUGAUAAUGAAGUAGCUGCAUUUGGCAAUUACACAACAGAAAGCAUUGUAGCACCAGGACUUUAUAAUGGUGAUAGUGUUUCAAGACUGUAUGUAGCUACCACAUACUGUAGAGAAGGAUGUGAUGGGACUUGGUCUGUCCCACCUGUUAGUAGAAGAUUGCUGCUUGAAGGUGUUGGAUUCAUGUUUGCUCUUCCCGAUGAUGACACUGUCAAAAGGAGCGGAGGUAGUGCAUUUGCCUUUUUUCCCAUCAGUUAUGUGAGUUCUUUUAUAUGGAAAGAGUUUACAUAUUUUGUUUCUUUCCGAAGAGAAGACGCGGGUGAUGCAAGACAUGUUUCAAAGAUGAGUCGAGUUUGCCAUGACAGCCCUAACCUAGACUCGUACACAGAGAUUCUCAUCCAAUGUGAUAGUCAGGCUGGUAAUAAUAUGUACUCUUUGGUUCAAGCUGCCCAUGUUGGACCAGCAGGGCCUUAUUUAUCUCAGUUAUUGAAUGUCAAUGAUGAAGAGGUUUUAUACGCUGUGUUUGCAAAGAAUGCUGCAAACGAAGAAGUCACUGAUGUUCCACAACCCGAGAAAGGCUCAGCGCUGUGUAUGUACAAGAUGAGUGACAUAGAAGCUGCAUUUGGAGUAUCUGUGGAGGGAUGUCUGACUAAAGGCAAUGAUUACAGUGUAGGAUAUCUAGCAAACGCCCCCUGUACUGGGUCAUCAACACCGCCUAUCGAUACUGACCUAUACUGUGAUGCUUUGAGCCAAUACAAGUAUGCUGAUGGUAUUGAUCCAGUGGUAUCCACAGCAGUGUUGGAGCUACCAGACCAUUUGACUUCCUCCAUUAUAACCAGCAUUGAAGUCAACCACACUGUAGCAUUCAUUGGCACCACAGAAGCACAACUCUUAAAGGUUCAUAUUGAGAGUGGAUCUUCAGCCAGAUUGUAUGAGCAAAUACCAAUCCCAUUUGAUGAUAAUCUGAAAGGAUUCACCGCCAAUCCAGUAAAGAGAGAUAUGAAGAUCAAUGACACAACAGGAGAACUCCACCUACUCACUGAACAAAAGUUUCUGAAGAUGCUUGUUGAGAAUUGUGGUCAGUAUACAACGUGUGAGACGUGUAUUGGUACGGAUGCAGGGAUGGAUGGAGACCCAUACUGUGGCUGGUGUACUCUGCAAAGACAGUGUACCCGGUAUAAUGAGUGUCCCCUGCCAGAUGUUUCAUCCCGCUGGUUGUCUUACAACGACCCUCAGUGUAUUGCGAUUACUGAUAUAGCUCCGUAUGACAGCCAUCCUAUCACUCUUUCAGAACAACAGAUAACUCUGACAGUGCAGCAGCUACCAGAUUUGCUUAACAGCAGCCGUUAUUAUAUCUGCAACUUUGAUGAUGUAUUUAGCAACCAAGCGAACAAAAGUGGAGAUACUCUUCAGUGUACCACACCACCAAGUAAUCUGAUACCUGAAAUCAUGAUGGCAGAUGAUCACUCCUCAAUGCUCUUGAGUGUUGAGUCAACAGAAACAGGAGUCAACUUUGUGGAUCGGGAGUUCAGUUUUUAUGAUUGCUCCUCACAUACAAGUUGCGUAUCAUGCGUUGGUAGUCGCUGGGCCUGUGACUGGUGUGUCUUUGAGAAUAGAUGCACUCAUGAGAGUACCUCUUGCUCUGAACAAAAUGAAGUGAUCGUGACUGGACGGAACAAUAAGGGUUCCAGCAUGCAAGGACCUGAUUCAUGCCCUCAACUACAGAUUCAAGGAAAUGAGACUUUGGUCUCUACUGGAGUAGACAGACAAAUUAUCGUCCAGACUGAAAACCUUCCUGAUUCUGCACAGAUAAAGAGUUACCAGUGUAGUCUAAACAUAGAGGGAGGCAAACAGUCAGCUGCAGCAACCCGUGAGAAUGACGUUUUGACCUGUGAAGAUAACUCAUACACAUACACGGCUGAUGAGCAAGAGUUGAAUGUUGACUUGACGGUGGAGUGGACCGAUACAAAUGAUGGGGUACAUCUACUGGAUGACAGAUAUAGUUUCAAAGUAAGACUCUACAAAUGUGAGUCUCUUCGUCCAGACUGUAGUCGCUGUGUAUCUGAGGAAACUACCCAGGAAGAGCUUGGAUGUGUUUGGUGUGAUGGGAUCUGUGCUGUCAAUGACAGUGCAGUAUGUUUGAUGACUAACUCCAUGGUUACUCGUGAUAAUGGACUCAACUGCCCAGACCCUGUUAUAGAAGAGAUACUCCCAACGUCUGGACCUAUUCAAGGCAAUACAAGUCUUACCCUGAGCGGAACGGAUCUUGGGCGUCAAUUUGAUGACGUCCAAGAGAUCACAGUCGGAGGCCAACCUUGUGAUGCGAGUGACUUCCGAGGGGAAUAUCAAACUGGUGCCAGUGUGACUUGUAGAACAAAAGCGCAAAAUGGAUCUGAACCAUUGGAACCAUUGGAUCUGAUUGUGAUUGUAACUGGGUUAAAUGGUGCCUUGCAGACUGGAACACGAGUUGGUAUAUUCACAUAUAAGGACCCGAUUAUUAGGGAAGUCACACCAAUGAUUGGUCCACAGUCUGGUGGCACCCUGGUGACCAUCAAGGGUACAUCCCUGGAUGCUGGUUCAGUCAUAGUGGCACACAUAGGCGACUUACUGUGUGUGAUUGAAAGGGACAAAGUUAACGACAACAACAUGACGUGUCUGACAUCCGGAGCCUUAGAAACUGGUGAGAAAGAUUUUACAGUGCUCUUUGAUGGCUCAGAGAGGAACACCUCAAUGAUGUACAAGUACGAGAUAGAUCCUACAGUGGGGAAAGUGGUGCCUUCAAAGAGUGUAUUGGCAGGAGGAAGAGUGGUGAAAGUCAACGGAACCAAUCUUCACAUCAUUCAGAAACCUCAAAUUCUGAUUACCGUCGAUGAGGAAGAAUUGAGAGGGGAUUGUACAGUGAUGAGUGAAACCUCCAUGAGUUGUAUCACCCCAGCAGUGCAGCUCCCUAACAGUAGCCAGACUGACUCUCCUACCAGAAGGCGAAGAGCCGCAGAAGAUGGAGUCAAUGUAACCACCGGAUUCAUAAUGGAUGGAGUUGUAGGAUUGAGAAACUGGUGCAGCGAUCAGACAGCGGGUUGCACGCCCAUGGAGUACGUCCAGAAUCCUGUCUACUAUGGCUUUGAUCACCCAAGUUACGGAUACACUGAUGGAACUGGCAUAAAGGAUGGGAGCAAGCUGCAAGUUCGUGGUAAUGGCAUUAACUAUGCCAUAACGAGUGAAGAGAUCACGGUGUACGUUGGGGACAAACAGUGUACCAGAAUCAGCAUAGGAGAAGCAAACUUGUUCUGUGAUUUACCGGAAGAUCAACCCCGGCCUAGCGAUUAUUCUGGAGAGAAUGCCGUGAUGAAUCUACCAAUUGUUACGGUCAAACAUGGAACCAUAGACUUCACCAUAGGUCCCUUCAGAUACUCUACAAUUCCCUUGCUAAUCAUCAUAAUAUCUGUCAUCUGUGCUGCUGUGAUAUUAGUUGCAGUGAUUUUGGCUGCCGUGUUAGCCAGGAAGUCUGCGGGUGCCUCAAAGGAGGUGUACAAAUGUCUGGAGGAUAUUGACAGGGUUCAGCGAGAGCUGGGAGAGGAUAUGAGGAGAGCCUUUGCUGAACUUCAGACCGACAUGACAGACUUGACAAGUGAUCUGGAGGGCCUUGGAAUGCCAUUUGUCGGCCAGCGAGACUAUGCCACCAACAUGUUGUUUGUUGCCUUGGAAACAAAGCCAAUGACCUCUGACCCAGUGAAUCCCGAGGAGCAUGUUGAGAGAGCGAUGAAGAAGUUUUCUGACCUCCUUGGAAAUAAGACUUUCCUCCUGACAAUCAUUCAAGUCUUGGAUGCAGAGAGAGAGUCCAAACUGCCAGUCAGGGAGAAGGCAGCAAUUGCUUCUCUACUCACAGUUGUCAUGAUGGCCGAGAAUAAACUGGGAUACCUCACCGACAUACUGUUCAGUUUGAUGACCCAAAUGGUUCAAGACAGUUUGGAUAACAAUCGACCAAGGACGCUUUUCAGACGAACGGAGUCCAUUGUGGAGAAAUUACUGUCCAACUGGAUUGCUUUGUGUCUUUAUGAUUCUGUGAAGGAUUACACAGGCUACCCAUUGUUCCUUCUGUACCGUGCCAUCAAGUGUCAUUGUGAGAAUGGACCUAUGGAUGUGAUCUCAGGCCAGGCUAAGUUCACUCUCAGUGAUGAAAGGCUUCUGACUGAAGAUGUUGAGUUCCGUGAGAUGACUUUGACUGUCAUUGUGAAUGAUGCUGAUGGGGAGACUAAAGAAGUCAAGGUGCUAGAUAUAGACUCCAUCUCACAAGUCAAGGAGAAGAUCUUAGAUGCCAUCUUUCGCAACAAACCCUACUCCACCAGACCCAGUGCCAAAGAGGUUGAUCUUGAAUGGCGAAGUGGAAAAGCUGGACACAUAAUUCUACAGGAUGUUGACCCCAACAGCCCAAACCUUGAAGGUUGGAAAAGAGUUGGCACACUGAAGUACUUUCAUGUCCCGAACAAGUCCAAGAUGGCAUUGGUUUCUGCACAGGCAAUGUCUUCACAGUCAAGCAACUUCUACUCCCAGGAAAGUGCAUAUGCCAAUGUUGGUUUUACAGGUGGCCGCUCCAAUCGCUUUACAGUGGUAGAGGCUGACCCAGAGGACACUGCCAGGCUAUGGCAUCUGACAAAGGUUGAAGACAGCUAUCAAGAUGACACCUCACAUAAAACCGUCAAGCAGCUGAGGAGGAGGUCCAUGAUGCCUUCCCGUCCCAAGAAACGAUUCCGUGAGAUCUUCAUCCCUCGACUCAUCAGCACCAAGGGUACCAUCCAGCAGUACAUUGAUCACAUGUUUCAGUCCAUCCUCGACGCAGACCACGCUCCUCGUGCUGUCAAGUAUCUCUUUGACUUCUUUGAUAGUCAGUCAGUCAGACAUGAUAUUGAAGACUCUGGGGCAGUCAAAGUCUGGAAGGGAAACAGUUUGCCGCUGCGUUUCUGGUCCGGUGCCAUCCGUCGUCCAGAUUUCAUCUUUGAUAUAAGACCUUCUCGCCCUGUGGAGGCCAGUAUGGAAGUCAUUGCUCAGGCGUUCUAUGACGCUCAUGAAGCCAACGAUCAGAAACUCGGCAAGAACUCGGACUUGAGCAAGCUCUUGUUUAAGAAAGACCUUGACGACAUUGACCGUCUGGUCCAGUCUUACUACGACGAUAUCUAUAACAUGCCAAGAGUGUCCUUUGAAGAACUCAACAAGGAACUGAUUGCAACUUGCCAGAAUUUCACUGGUUUGUUUAGCAAACUCAGCACUCUACUCCAGCUGUGGGACUACAUCAGAAAAUUCAAUGAAAAGAUUGUAGAUGCUCUUGAAGAGGGUCAGGAUGCUCAAGUGGACCAUCUUGCUUUUAAGAUGGUAGAGAUUGAACAGAUUCUGGCCAAUGAGGACAGCAGUGAUGAACAUGAUGUCUAGAUUCUUGUCAAGACAAGCGCCUCAAACCAUCAAAGAGUGCAGAGAGAUGCAGACCUUGCCGUGAAAGAAGAAUAUUAUUAAUUGUGGGAAAUGACUGUCAAAUACUGCAAAUGAAAUCUAGAUUUUAGUAAGGUGCUUAGGACACUUAAGAAUAUUUCUCUUGAAACUAGAAAGAUCUUAGGCAUUGGACACUAUUGGUAAUUACUCAAGAUAAUUGCUAGCAUAAAAAAUUAUUUGGUAAUAGGCAAUGGAUAG